CUGCGGUUGUCAAGGAUUCAGAGGUGGUGCCACGGCUGCCCGAUUUUGGGAUUUCCAGAAGAAAAAAAUCAAGAGGGAAUUAUCAAGAUUGGAUUCUUUUUCUGAAUAGCCACAGCCUUGGCCCUUCAGACUCCAGAGAUGCACAAGGGACUUCUAGCAGUGAAAGUAAAAGAGGAAAAGGGGAACCACGUAAGUAUGGUCCAAGAAUCUGGCCUGUCAAGAGAUAACCUUCAUACCAGAGAGAUCUUUCGUAGACGCUUCAGACAGUUCUGCUACCAGGAGACACCGGGGCCCCGAGAGGCUCUUCAAAGACUCCAGGAGCUCUGCCAUCAGUGGCUGAGACCAGAGAUGCACACCAAAGAGCAGAUCCUAGAGCUGCUGGUGCUGGAGCAGUUCCUAACCAUCCUGCCCGAGGAGCUCCAGGCCUGGGUGAGAGAGCACCGCCCAGUGAGUGGAGAAGAGGCGGUAAUUGUGCUGGAGGAUUUGGAGAGAGAGCUGGAUGAACCAAGAGAGCAGGUCCCAGCCCGUGAUCAUGAACAAAAGGAGCUUGUGAAGGAGAAAGCAGCUCUAGGAACAGCCCAGGAGUCAUCAGGCAGCCAGCUCCAAACCUUGGAAGAGCAACCUCAGUGGAACUUGCGAGGGGUGUGCCCAAUUCAGGAGAUUGGCAGUGAGACUGGAACUUGGAAUGUGGAGCUAGCCCCAAAGAGGGAGCUGUCUAAAGAAAAGAAAUCUCUUGUGGAGGGAUCUGAAAAACUGAAUGGUGAUACUAUUCCAGUGCCUGAAUAUGGAGAGACCUGUGACCAUGAAGGUAGAUUGGAGAGGCAACGGGGAAGCUCUUCAGUGGAAAGACCUUAUAUCUGUAGUGAAUGUGGGAAAAGCUUCACCCAGAAUUCCAUCCUUAUCGAGCACCAGAGAACGCACACGGGCGAGAAACCCUAUGAGUGUGAUGAGUGUGGGCGGGCCUUCAGCCAGCGGUCAGGCCUGUUCCAGCACCAGAGACUCCACACUGGGGAGAAGCGCUACCAGUGCAGCGUUUGUGGCAAAGCCUUUAGCCAGAACGCUGGGCUUUUUCAUCAUCUCAGGAUCCACACGGGGGAAAAGCCUUACCAGUGCAAUCAGUGCAGUAAGAGCUUUAGUCGACGUUCUGUCCUCAUUAAGCAUCAGAGAAUUCACACUGGAGAAAGACCUUACAAAUGUAACGAAUGUGGCAAGAACUUCAUCUACCAAUGCAACCUCAUCCAGCAUCGGAAAGUCCACCCCAUGGCUGAAUCCAGCUAGCUCCUUGGAACAGUUUGGCCCAAGUCAAACUCUUAAAGCUAACAACCUCCACAUGAGCUAGAAAACAGGAUUUGGAUGACAAGAAUUGCACAUAAUGCUUAUGUGGAGAAAUGAAGUGAUAGGUGAUGUUUUUUAUUUCAUGUAUUUUGUUCUGUUAUAUAUUCUUAGACCUAACAUUUCAAACUGUUAAUGUCACUACCUGUGACUAAUUGUAGGUAUUAUCAACACUCUUAGAAGAAAAAAACCUUAAAUUUCCCCAAGAGUAUGUAGUUUAUUGUGUCUUGAGGUUUAAAUUAUAUCAAUAGAAAUACAUAGGGAUUUUAGGAUGAAGUUAAAGAAAAUAUAGUAGGAUACGUUUGCAAUAAAAUCAACUUCUCAAGUUAAAUAUAUACUCCAUAUAGUGAUAUAAUAGGCUUCCCAGGUGGCUCAGUGGUAAAGAAUCCACAGAGCUAUUGCAGGAGCCACAGG